ACACUUGUAGCAAUGCAAUAGAAAGACACAAAUGGCAUUGCACGAUCUCGUUGGAAGUUCAAGAUCUUCCCAAAAUGUUUUUAGAAUACUAGUAACCGUUCUACUCAUCUUAACCUUUGUCCAAUUAGCAGCAUCUGCGUCGACCGCUACCGAUUCCCUCAAAGCCUACAAAAAGUUCAUAAAAGACAAGUGCAAUUCAACCACUUACCCAAAAGUUUGCUACAAGUCUCUAUACCCUUAUGCAUCACAAAUAAAAAGAAACAGCGUAACACUGACCAAAUUGUCAAUUCACGUGGCUCUAAAAGCAGCCAAGAGUGCAAACAGCACAUUGACGAAGCUGUCCAAUUCGAAGGGGAAGCUGACACACGGAGAAACGUCGGUGAUUGCGGAUUGCAGAGAGAACAUUGAUGAGACGUUGGAUAUGCUUGAGCAAUCUGCUGAAGGGCUGGCACAUUUGAAUGGCGCAUCUACCGCUGAUGAGAAAUUCCAAUGGGACAGCAUAAAGACAUGGAUGAGUGCCGCCAUAACAGAUGAGGGUACAUGCACCGAUGAGUUUGACGAAAUACAAGUGCGUCCUUCACUGCAGGAGAAUAUCAAAACCACCGUUUUUAACGUUUCUUGGUUAACUACCAAUGCCUUGGCUCUCGUCAACAGGCUUUACUAAUAAAUAUACUUAAUUGUUCAAUCUAUAUUUUCUUUUCUCUUUUAGCUAACACAAUCUUAUGCUGUUUUUUUCAUAAGCCACUAUAUAUGGUUAUUGUAAAAUUGUGGCUAGCUUUUGGUCUGUCAUUCUUAUGUUACAUGUAUGCAGUGUGUAUACAUGAUCUACUUGUGAGUGUGCACUGUGCAGUGUAUUCAAAGGGGCAAAGGUGGCUUCAAUUCCCCCUAACGGAUAGUAUCUCUUCAAAUAUUAUAUAUAAAUUUUAAUUUUCAUA